AUGCGAAUAUGCGCACAUCAUCAAUUAAAUGUACACGCGAACGCUAUACAACAAGAAAAGGGUCGAAACGAACUUCGUGAAAGUUUAGAGACAAUGACCCUUCAACACGUAACUGAAUUGGAAGAAAUUACCCCCGUGAAAAAUGACGAGAGAUCGAGAACCCCACUCGAUACGAAGUCACGAAGUAAAUUCUUGGGACUGGGUAAAGAUGCUUUAAUUGAUAUGAUUGUUCAAGCAAAUGUAGACGCAGAUGAAAAAAUGGAAAAAGUAAAGAAGGAAAAAACAGAGUUGUGUGAUACGCUCAAUACAAUCAGGGAAUACUUUACAUACGAGGAAUCGAAAAAGUAUAAGCUUGGCAGCAAUGAAACGUCCACGUGGAGGCGCUUUUUAGAUAAUUUAAACCCCGUUAGUGUUGAGAUUAAAAGUAUCCUGGACCGUGUACAAAAGGAAAAACUUCAGGAAGAAAAUACAAAGUUACGUGAUGUACUUGAGGAAAUAGAUACACACACUGCGCAGUUAUCUGUAGAUUUUGAUUGGACAAAUUCCGGAUUUCUAAAGCGAUACUGGGAUGAAUUUAAAGAGGAUAUAAGCAAACAGAAGUCCAGUUUAAAUACUGAGAUUGAAAAUAUCGUCGAAGCCGAUGAAUUAAAAAAGUAUAAGAGUGAAAAUACAAAACUGUGUCAAGCCCUUAAGAAAAUACUGUAUUGGCAGAAGGACCUUCAUGAAAAAAGAAUGUCAUUCAAUAAUUCAACGGAGGGUCGAGAGAGGGAAUCAAAAUGGAGAGCCUUCAAUGAUCACAUGUGUACACUUAUAGAAACAAAUACGGUUUAA